GGUGGCGAGAACCCAACGUCAACACAAACUUCUUGUCUUCGCUUCACUCCUGUCUUCGUCGCAAAAAUACUAGUGUAGCAUCGUACGUCUCGUGUUAGCUAUUACGAGUAAGAUCGAUGUAUAGAGUGUUUUCUAAAUUGCAAGGCGGGAGAAUCUGCGGUAGGGUCACUGGAGCGUUCGCAUCGAGAGAAAACGUAGGAUUGUCGGUAGCUGCUGACGGUGUUGUUGUCGGUCGUCGUAGUCAACAACAUGAUGUAGGCCUACUUUCACUACCCACGUGUCCUUCAAACAUUUACCAUGUUAGCGCUCGUUCCUACUCACAGAACACAAAGUCUACACGGCUCCUGGGCCUAUCCCCGGAAGAAUUUGCCGAUUACCUGAAAAACAAAAGCAUAAGACGAUGUUUUGCAGUGUUUGACCAUGAGGAGCGAAAGGUAAAGUUCUCGCAUCCGGAAAUAGAAGAACUAGGAGCUCUGUUUUCCAGCGAAAAUGCGGACUUCAAGAACCACGAAGUGGUUUUCCUGCAACUCGGAAUUAGAACGAACUGCCUUAUGGGUGCCAUUGUUUGGCAGUCGUGUAGGGGCCAAGCACAAGGUGGGAUCAAGUACUGGCACUACCCCACGAUGGAAGCUUUCCUCAGGGAUGGUUUAAGAUUAGCAACUACUGUGGGGAUUAAGGCUGCAUUGGCUGGACUGUGGGUUGGUGGUGCCAAAGGUCUCAUAGCGAAACCUAGAGAGCCCAAGUUUAGCAUGCCAGACUUCCGACAAGACCUCUUCUUUGACUACGGCGACUUUGUCACAUCACUUAAUGGAUGUUUCGUCGCGUGCGAGGACAUUGGCGUGAACCUCGUCGACCUGAACAACGUUCACUCGCGCACGCGGUACGUAUCCGGUGUGUCCGAGGACCUCGGGGGAUGCGGGAACCCGUCCGAACACACGGCGAGCGGCGUCGUGCGAGCGAUGGAGGGGGCGCUGGACUUCAUGGGGAUGGGAACGCUGGAGGGGAAGAGCAUCGCCGUGCAGGGUGCCGGCAACGUCGGCAGAGUGCUGAUCGACCGGCUGCUGGACAUGGACGUCGGCUCCAUCUACGUCACCGACGUGCACCGCAACCAGCUCGACACCGUCCACGACAUGUUCUCACAGCGG